UGCGGGUCGCCUGGCGCCCGCAAGCCGCGUAGCGCAGCACCUGGGAAAGUACGCGAAGAAUUUCGGGCGCCGCGGCCGCGGCAAAGAAGGGAUCGAAUUAGCUUCGCAUCAUACAGCCCGGCGGGCGCUCCGCGGCCCGCGUCCCUACACCCACUGCGAAACCGCGGCCCCAACGCGCUCCGCUUCGUUUUUGUUUGCCACCGAUCUGCGCAAGCUGCAGCGCGGCCGCCCCCGCGCUCGCUUGGCCGGGCGCCCGGCCCCGGCAGCGCGACGGCCUGCCUCGGGGGCGCUCCUUCGCUCGCGGCAUUGGCGGGGUCUGCGCCCAACUCCUUGCGCGCCUUCCCACCCGAAAUGGGCCCGCCCGGCGCGG